UAGUCACUGUGAAAAAAUGCGCGCAUAAUUAACAUUUUUCAAUAUUCCUCGAUAUUUUAAAAAAUCUGAUUUCCAGCUUUAUUGUUACUAAUUUCUGCUGCAUUAAACUUCAACCGCCAACAAGUCGAAAUCGCAGCUGUCCAUCGCCGAUAGCCAUACAUUUUAUGGGACACCGCCGUCGUCGAGGAAUCGUUCGGCUUCAUUAUCUGCUCCACUCCCAGUGCCCUAUUCGAAUAUUAUUUAGUACCAAUCGGACAAACAAGUCCAACAAAUCUUCACCCACAAUUAAUUAAAUAGUUAAUAAUUAAUAGUUGAUAUUUAAUUUUGUUUUUCGAUUCUCUUACAAAUUUAUUACAAAUAGCAAAUCAAACAUGUCUUCUCGCAAAACUGCCGGUCGCCGUGCCACAACCAAGAAGCGUGCCCAACGUGCCACUUCUAAUGUGUUCGCCAUGUUUGACCAAGCUCAAAUUGCUGAAUUCAAAGAAGCCUUCAACAUGAUCGACCAAAAUCGUGAUGGCUUUGUUGAGAAAGAGGAUUUACACGAUAUGCUGGCGUCGCUGGGCAAAAAUCCAACGGAUGAGUACCUUGAAGCAAUGAUGAACGAAGCGCCUGGUCCCAUUAAUUUCACAAUGUUCCUAACUUUGUUUGGCGAACGAUUACAAGGCACAGAUCCAGAAGAUGUUAUUAAAAAUGCCUUUGGUUGUUUCGAUGAAGAAAAUACUGGUGUAAUUCCCGAAGAUCGUUUGCGUGAACUUCUCACAACAAUGGGAGAUCGUUUUACAGACGAAGAUGUCGAUGAAAUGUAUCGUGAAGCUCCAAUUAAGGGUGGUCUCUUCGAUUAUAUCGAAUUUACCAGAAUUCUGAAACAUGGUGCCAAAGACAAGGACGAACAAUAAGGACAGCAUACACGAUAAAGACACAUUCCCCUCCGUAAUGUUAUUGUGCUUAACUGUAACACCUACAGUUAAAGUCAUAACAAUGUCAUUACAGAAAAUCUCCAUUAUCAUAUAAAUUCUUUAUUUUGUGCCGUUUUAUUUAAUAAUGUUUCUAAAUCUGAUUCAGUUUCAUUAGCAUUAGUCCCAUGUAAAGGGUCCACUAUUCCCCAUUGUAUAUCCGAUCAAAUAUGAAAUAACAAUAUACGAUUAACUAACCCUUUUGCAAUACACUCGAUGAUUUGUUGUUAUCAGUUUUCUUGGUACUUAACGUUUGCUAAUUUUGUGUUUAUAGUUUCGAAUUGCCAUUGCAAACAAUCAUUAAUAUCACUUUUAUAAGUAUUAAUAUGAACAUCAUUUUAAUUCAAUAAAUAUUUUACAUACAUUUAUAAAAUAAAAAA